AUGGGGGAGUUAAAGGUUUUUUAUGCCGAAGCUGUAAUUCACGAAAUAAUAACUAAGCAAGUUAACAAAAUGACAAAUACAACGUUUCGACAUAACGAAGAUGAAGAUAGUAAUGAAUAUUCAAGAAAAAACUAUCGCAUAAAACGAUCUGAUUCAGCAAAAUGUGACAGUGGCCUUUUCUACGACAGCCAUGUUAAACAUUGCUGCAAGAAAUGCCCAGAAGGUAAAUACGUCAAGGCCUCAUGCGAGGCUCCUGGACAAGACCCCAAAUGUGAACCCUGUGUUUUGGAAACAUACCUUGCUUAUCCUAACUACGUAUAUGAAUGUAGAAUGUGUAGGCAUUGUGACAAAGUUACAGAAGUGUUACAGAGUAAAUGCUCAGCCACUAGUGACACAGUUUGCGUUUGUAAAGAGGGACGAUAUCGAGAUAAAGCGAAACUCUGCCGAAUGUGCACAAACUGCAGGAACAGAGCCAUAAUCAGAAACUGCUCCCAAAAUGAAGACGCCCAGUGUGGUGACUGUCUACCUGGAUUCUACGAAAGUGAAAAUGAUUGCCUGCCCUGCCCUCAAUCAGAUCAAAAUAUGUGUGGAAAUGAAACUAACCCAGAAUGUAUAAAGAUAUGUAAAGCAAGCAAUCCUGGUCUAGAUUCCUCUGUGCCAUACAUAAUAUCGGGCAUUCUACUUUUCCUUUUGUUGCCCGUUGGAGGUUUUCUCAUUCAUCAUCAUAAAAAAAAGAAGACAGAAUCUCUGGGAAAUCACGGUUUUACACUGCAAGAAAAAGUUCCUAAUUUAAACACCAACUGUCAGGAUUCAAGUACUUUUCUUCAGUCUGUAGGGUGUGACAUUGAUGGACAAACUUCUUCAAAAUUAAGUCAAGGUCAACCAGCUUCUAUUCUCCACAAAGGCAGCGCUCUCUAUGACAUCAUUGACAGCGUCCCCGUACGAAGAUGGAAAGAGUUCAUGAGGGUGCUGGAACUUCCAGACAAAGAAAUAGAAUUGGUGGAGGUUGAGAUUUCCAGCUUUCGAGAUCAGCAGUAUGAAAUGCUCAGGAGGUUGGGACAUCUACGAUCAACUAGCUUAGAACAUGUCUUCAAUGCCUUGGAAAGGAUGAAUCUCUCUGGGUGUGCGGAAGAACUUAGAGAAAAGCUAGAAAGCCAUGCGUAA